GCAAAGUUUCGUCCCGUCGUUCCUGUCAAACUCAGCUCCCAAACGAAAUCAAAUUUUAGUAAGGGACUGCUCAGUGCUAACACCAUUUUUACUUUUCUCGACUGCCCAAUAUAAGCGGGAGAGGGUUCUGUUUGCAGCAAACGCACCACAUAAUACACGCCGAACUGGUAGAAAGAUUAUCAGUCCACCUAGUAAGGGAACUCAUUGUCAAUACAUCUCAACCAGUUCACAGACGCUUGGGCCCGGGGAAGCGUCCUCCAGCAUGCGCCAUCUCACUGAGUCAGGGACGUCGAUUUCUAUGUUCUAUCCAAUUCAGACUGAAUUCAACGUGUCUCAUCAGUUCUCAAUUACAUCACUGCGAGUCUCGGAUACCCUGGAGCUUUGCCAGGUUCUCCUAGUGCUGCCGUUGAUCAGGCACGACCAGUUUUGCCAGCCCGGAUGGCUAAACUCCGUAGUUCUGCCAACGACAUUAGAAAAAUGAUGGUAGCGAGCUUUGCCACCCUUCGACGUUGGAAAUCUUUAUCUUUUGCUUCUGUCUCAGACAUGUCAACUCUCAAACCAAUAAUCACGAUCUGCGGGACUACGGGCGUCGGAAAGUCCAAUCUGGCCAUUGAGCUGGCUCUGAAGCUUGCUCAAGGAACACAUGGGUGGAAGGGCGCGAGAAUCAUCAACGCUGACUCCAUGCAAGUGUACACCGGAAUGGACGUAAUCACAAACAAAGUCCCAGUCGCAGAAAGAAUGGGGGUCGAGCACCUUCUCAUGGACUUCAAGCAGCCUGGGGAGCAGUACGUAGUGGGCCAAUGGAUCCAAGACGCUAUUAAGGCGAUUGACGAGACGCAUCGUAUGGAUAAGAUUCCGAUUAUUGUUGGCGGCACAUCCUAUUGGAUCCAACAUCUCAUAUUUCCGAAUCGGUUGCCCACAGUAGCGCAAUCUUUAUCGGAUUCUGUUGCACAGUCCAUCGCCAAUUUACCCCCCGACCUCCUUGAGCUAUUCAAUGCUCUUCCAGAGCAGACCCCAUCUGCAGCAUCUCACCCUGAGGAUGCAUUGUUAUUGCACAAACUUCUUACUGCGCUUGACGAACCAGUCGCUCAGCGAUGGCAUUGGAGAGAUACACGCAAAGUCAUGGGAAGCCUUCGUGUAAUUAAAGACACUGGGAAGGCCCCAAGUGAAAUUAUUCUCGAGCAGUCUAAAAUAGCGUUGGUUCCAAGGUACCGAACACUGUGUUUCUGGCUCUAUGCCGAGCCCUCUAUCUUGAAUGAGCGCUUGGAUAAAAGGGUAGAUAAUAUGAUCAAGGAAGGACUAUUGGAUGAGAUCAAAGCACUCCGAGCGAUCGCUUCCUCCUCCACAAGUAGUUCGCCUGAUGCAGUCGUCACAGAGCCAUCCGACGAAUCAGCUGUGCAACAGACUGAUUAUACUGUCGGCAUCUACCAAUCUAUUGGAUAUAAAGAGUUUCAUGAUUAUCUCGCUUCUCCAGAGCUCUCCGAGAAGCUUUUUGCGUCCGCUGUGGAGCAAAUGAAGUACGGAACAAGGCAAUAUGCGAAGCGUCAGAUACGGUGGUUAAGGAACAAGCUUCUUCCUGCUAUCUAUAGCGCAAAUGGUGGUACAGAUCAUGCAACAGCCCUCCUUCCAGUUUACCUUUUAGAUGCCACUGAACUCGGUGACCAGUGGACAUCUUGUGUUCUCAACCAAGGUGAACGUAUCAUGGAAGCUUUCCUUGACAAUGAGACAUUACUCGAUCCUCUAUCACUGUCUGAAAGGGCACGAGAGAUGCUGACGAUCGACGUCAAGCCCACGAGUCCUACAGAAGUAUUGCGAGCGCGUAAGAAGGUCGUAUGCUCUGCGUGUACCCUUGAUCCAUCACAGCCCUUCAUGGUCGAAGAUGGCUCUCAAUUGGAAGCCCACCGACGCUCCCGUGCGCAUAGAAAAUAUGCGGCGAGAGAUAAGAAAAUGCAUGGACGACCGGCCAAGCGACGCGCUACCGUCCAUAGCGACAUUCCCAGCAAAGUUGACGCUGCAGAUCAGCAAGAUCAGCAGGGCUCCAUCGUAUAGACGAGGUCUACUUCUUAUACACAUUAUGCUCCCGGUAGUUCCUGUUUGCUUAUUUAUCCCACGCAAUGAACUUCGGAGGAGGCGGGCUAAUUUCCCUGCUGUACCAGGGUCAUUAUCGAUGGGUUCCCUGUCUUGUUUUCCUGAAACAUUUUCUCGUUUAGUUUUAUCUGGAGCCAUGUUGGGUACAGGAAGCCAAAGAAGCACACCUGAAUGAGUGAACGUUGUGAA